AUGACUGCUGUGAAACUGCUGCAGCCCCUGCCGGUGGCAUCGCCUCGUCCAGUUGUGUCGAGCAGGCCGGUGACACUCGACUAUACCUUGCGCGAUCUCUAUGCAUUGGACAGCGAUACCCCCCAAGACAUCACCCUGGCCUUUGAAUUCCCAUGCAAGUUCCCUCGAGACCAGAUCCCGCAUUCUUCGGCCGUACAGUUUCUGUACGCCUCCAGUUUCCCCGGAACGGAUUCAGAGGAGGAGAUCCUGAAUCUGUUAAAACGCGGUAUCGCUCAGCGAAAUUCGUUCCUGGCCGGCCGUUCAUCCGUCAUUAUGGUGGACCUGAGCGGCAACGGAGGGGACGAUCUCGACGCCAUCGUGAACGCGUCCCAGGAAGAUGUCCUUGGAGUCUACGACCAACUUGGUCCGGAUCAGCGACCGAACCUGGUCCCGGAUUCCCCCACCGCCGUGGUGAUCCCACAGGACUGUCUGUGUCAUUUCGAUCCGGUUUUGGAUCCCAACGUCCACUACGAGAUCCUCUCCAAACGCUGGCUCGCCCGGUGUGGUGUGCCGACCCCGAAAUCCAGGGUCAUCGACCCACUCCCGAUGCAGGGCUGGGGGGGCGGCCAGGAUGCGGAGAUCCGACGGAUGCUGCGUGCGGUGCAGGUACAGGAACUCCCAUUUGUGGUGAAGGUGUCCAUUGCUACGUCUGGUCGGGGAACAUACGUCGUCCGCAGCGAAUCGGAUAGAGAAUCUACGUGCAACGAGCUCCACGGGUUUCUCCAAGACACCCUCGGUAAGGUCCACGAACAAAAUGAGCGACUGUACCCGGCCAGUUUCGUGAUCCAGGAACUGGUACCCGGGGAAGCUCACGGGGUGACAUUCUUCGUUACGAAACGAGGACGCGUUAUUUAUCUUGCGACAUCUCAACAACAGUUCGACCUUGACGGACACUGGCAGGGCGCACGCGUCUCGUAUCUUUUAGAGCCGGCCUUUCAGAAUCGGUACCGGAGUACACUCGAGACACUAGGCAGGGAGUUACACAAGAAGGGGUACUACGGGCCCGCGGGGGCUGAUAUCAUGACGGAUCAACAUGGGAAGCAGGCGAUCGUGGACGUCAAUCCGCGGGUCACUGGGUCGUAUCCGUUUGGGCUGCUCAAGACGCAUUUCAUGCAGCGGGGGCUGUUCGAGGCGGCGAUUCUCUCGCCAUUGGUCCUGCGAUGCACGCGGAGUACGUUUGAGAGCCAGUUUACGGGAGAGAUCAUGGACGGGAGGAUGAUCAUCAACUCGUGGGUGCAUGAUUGCAAGCGAGAGUCCAGCUGGGCGGCCGUGACCGUGGGUGCAGAGGAUGCUGUGCAGCUGAACCGGUUGAUGCGGAUUCUGGAAACGUUUGUCAAGACGGGGGCGUAUUCCGUCGUUGCGGAACUAUAAUAUUAGAAUAUACCGUUCUUCUAUUGUGGUAUGCAUUUGCCUCGGCAGUUUAGAAUAUACCACAGCACAACCAUCCUGAUCCUGAUCCACGAGUAUCCUCCUCACUCCACCUCUUCUCAUCCCACUCACCUUCAUCAUCCUCACUUGCAUCCGGCUCAUCUCGAUACCUCCCCAUGUCCACCUGUAUCCCCUUGAUCCACUCCACCUCCAACUCAAACGCGCCCUCCUGCUCCCCAAAGAAACUAUACUCAUCAGCCCAAUCCAAACCCAACCUAUCCCACGCUCCCCCAUUCAACAAACCAACAAGAGAAAAAAA